AGUUGAGUGAGUUGGGUUCCCUCUUCUCCUACUCUACCUGAAGAACCCUAACCUUUUCCUUCCAUCUCCUACUCUGUUGAAGGAAAAACAUCUAACUGGAGAGAUAAGAGUCCGAACCUUUCGUUUCUGUCGAAUCCAAGAACAAAUCGAUCUAAUCUGAUCGUUCCAAACAUCAUAAUCUUUUUUUUCCCCUUCUCUUUUCUUGUUACAAAUUCCACCCCUCCCUCCUUUCUCUGUGCUUCUCCAAUGGGGGACAACCAGAAGGAGGAUCGCAGUGAGAGCAGCGAUUUCACAUCGGAGGACGAAGGGACGGAGGAUUACAGGCGAGGAGGUUACCAUGCGGUGCGAAUUGGUGACACAUUCAAGAACGGCCGCUACGUAGUGCAGAGCAAGCUCGGCUGGGGCCAUUUCUCCACCGUCUGGCUCGCUUGGGACACUCACAACUCUCGAUAUGUUGCUCUCAAAGUUCAAAAGAGCGCUCAACACUACACUGAGGCAGCGAUGGAUGAGAUAACCAUCCUCAAACAGAUCGCUGAGGGGGAUCCUGAUGACAACAAGUGCGUCGUCAAGCUUUUGGAUCAUUUCAAGCAUUCUGGACCCAAUGGGCAGCAUGUCUGUAUGGUUUUUGAGUAUCUGGGUGAUAAUCUCUUGACCCUUAUUAAGUACACUGACUACCGCGGGAUGCCUCUUCACGUGGUUAAGGAAAUCUGUUUCCAUAUUUUGGUGGGUUUGGAUUACUUGCAUCGCCAACUUUCUAUUAUACACACUGACUUGAAGCCUGAGAACAUCCUCCUAUUGUCCACGAUAGACCCAGCAAAAGACUCCAGAAAAUCAGGUGCUCCUCUCAUCCUCCCUGCUACCAAGGAUAAAUCCGUCUUUGAGUCUGGGGCUGCCAAGGAUAUCAAGAGCUCCAACGGUGAUUUGACAAAGAGCCAGAAGAAGAAGAUCCGCCGGAAGGCUAAACGGGCAGCUCAAGGUUGCAUGGGGCAGGAAGCUGCUGAGGAAUCCGAACCUGAGUCAAAAACUGCUGGUGCAGAAGCAACAACCUCUGAUGCAAAAGUAAAUGCCUAUCCCUUGGAAGACCAGCCAACCACUUCUGUCUUCAAAGAUAAAUCAUCUAGUGCGGCUGAUGCAUUAAAGGAUUUUAGUAAAGAAAGUCAGGGUUAUAAGAGAGGGAGCCGCUCCACAAGGCAGAAACUGUUAGCAUCUGUUGACCUUAACUGCAAAUUGGUUGAUUUUGGAAAUGCCUGUUGGACAUAUAAACAGUUUACGAGUGAUAUCCAGACAAGGCAGUAUAGGUGCCCUGAGGUUCUCCUUGGUUCCAAGUACUCUACUGCGGCGGAUCUCUGGUCAUUUGCUUGCAUAUGCUUUGAGCUUGCAACUGGUGAUGUUCUCUUUGAUCCUCACAGUGGCGACAACUUUGAUAGGGAUGAGGAUCACUUGGCUCUAAUGAUGGAACUACUUGGAAUGAUGCCACGCAAGAUUGCAUUAAGUGGUCGGUAUUCUCGGGAUUUCUUCAACAGGUAUGGGGACUUGAGGCACAUCCGUCGCUUGCGUUUCUGGCCUCUUAGUAAGGUGCUUGUUGAGAAAUACGAAUUCAGGGAGCAAGAUGCAAAUGAUAUGGCUGAUUUCCUAGUCCCAAUACUGGAUUUUGUCCCUGAGAAACGGCCAACAGCCGCUCAAUGCCUUCUUCAUCCAUGGAUUAGUGCUGGCCCUCGGCUUCUUGAGCCUUCCAUGCCUGCUGUUCAAAACCAGGAUGUAGAUGGUGAUAUUUCUGAGAGGAAGAAGAAAGAGAAUGAUGAGAGGGAGGCAAUGGAGAUGGGUGUGGGAAACAUUGCGAUUGGUGUAGCUCUUAAGCAGGUCAAAGAUCCUCAGCCCAGUGGUAAACCCACCAAGGCAGCUCUUACUAAUUCUUCUAGGUAGUGUCAGUGCUAUGUUUUCUUGAUGAAACUCUUGCACAACUUUGAUCCACAAGAAUUUGGAGUUGUGUGGGAUGAUCACUACACCUAUUGCUUUUGGAUCCAUAGACGAUUUAAUGGAUAGUGGGUGGGUGUGACCUGGAACUGUUUGUUCGACUGCAGCUGAAGAGAAGUGAAGUCUCAAAUCAGCUAGAUGUUCAGAUUUUCCAAGAUUUUUCCUAUAAUCUGCCAUCUUCUCCUUGAGACAUGGUUCUCCUUUCCUCCAUGUACUACAGGUCAGCAUAGGUACUAGUGGUAAACUCCACUCCCUUAUUAAACUUAUUUGUUGUGGAGGGAUUCAUGUAUAACAUUUAACACUACAG